AUGGCAGCAACGCAGAUGCCUGGAAGCGAAGACAUGCAGACACUUGCGGCUGAGCUCCCAUGCGGGCAGGACGAGGCUGCAGCUUCCCAGCGUGAGGAGCUUUUCCUCAGCUUCGACCCGAACGGCAACGGCAUCCUGUCACUGGCAGAGGUUGACGAUGGGCUGCACAAGCUGCUGCAUCCGCACCCGUUGCCACAACAGGUGGUGGCCCGUGCGUUCCAUGCGGCCAAAGCAAUCUCGCCUCCAGUGGCAGGCUUCAGCAAUGACUACAUCGACCAAAAGGAGUUCCACUACUUUGUGCAGUACCUGCACCACUACUUACAGCUGUGGUCAUGGUUCUGUGAGGUCGACACCAGCUGUGAUCAACGAGUCAGCCUCGAGGAGUUCCGGGCUGCUCUGCCACAGCUGCGUGCCCGGCUGCCUGGAAACCUCGAUGAUGACGUGACCGCCGCCUUCAAGGAGCUCGAUGUCGAUGGAGGAGGCAUGGUCUUGUUCGACGAGUUUGCGCAUUGGCUCCUUUGCCGCGGCCUCGCCCUUGCAGGACCAGGUGUAGACUGCCCGGAACGUCGACGCGCUGCCGACUUGCUCCGACAGAACCCCAACCUGGCAUCCGCCGACCGGAAGAGGGCUGCAAGCCGGUCUGGGCGAAAGUCACGGCCCUCCAGCCGAAGCAAGGCGCCCUCGGCCCAGCAGCUGUCUGCCAAUCGCCAGGCAGACCAUAUUAUUGGGCAUGCGUGUGCGAUCGUCGCAGCUCUUUCCGUUGGGAAUCUCACAUGCUGGGAGUCUGCGCAGGAGUGGGAUGCGCAAGGCACAAGUUCCACGCUGGAGAGCGAGCUUGUGCGUGCCCAAAGAGAGGCAGCCGAUGUUCUUGUGCUGAGGUGA